UUUCAUUUAGAGAAGAAAAGAAGAAUCUUGUAUCUUUUUGAAAAAAAAAUAUAUAAAAAACUUUAAUAAAAAGUAAAAAAAAAUCUUUAAAAAAAGCAAUUUUAAAAUAGAGAUAAUUUUGGUAGGAAAAUGAAUAUCUAAGAGAAGAUCAAUCGUAUGGGUAGCAACUUUGCUAAAACAUAGAAGGUUAGUCAUGAUAGUGAAGAUGAAAACUAAUAGACAGUUAAAAAAUACUCAUGUGCUCUUGAAGAAGAAUAUGAAAGAUAAAAGGAAUUUUUAACUGAAGAGGAAAAGAAAAUGAUAAGUGAAUUAUAUGAAUUAUACAAGGACUACUUGAAUGUAUACAGUGUUUGGAAUAUCUGCAAAAAGUAUAGCUUUGAUCAUAAGAUUACAAAAGCUCAUAUCGAUGUUCAAUAUAAGCGUUUCCUUGAAAAUCAAGAAUUAGAAUGGAAAAAUCAAAGUUAAUCUCGCUAGUAACCUAAUAAAUAGUCUGAAAGAGAAGCAAAGUAAACUAGCUUACAAAGAAAGGAAAGAGUUCACUCUAAUUUAAGACCAAAGAGACACUCUUUAGAAAAGAGAGAAAGAAGAUAGAAUAGAGUUAAUAACUCAAAUCAUAAUGGUGAGUAAACAGAAAAUCACGAUGGCAUUGAAUAAGAUGGAGCUGAUAAUUCUUAAAGAAGACAAAAUAGAAGAUUGAGAAAGUAGUAAUAAUAAUAAGAUGGGCAAGAAGAAAAUAAUCAUCAUUCCUAGAGAUAAGAGUCCAACAAUGUCGAUGAUAGAAAUAAUUUCAGAAAAGAGCAAAGACAUUAAAACAGAACUCGUUUUAAUUAACAACAUUAAUAGCAACGCUAAAACAGCAAGGAAAAUAAUUUCCACAAAAAUAACCGCAAAAAUAAAAGGGAAUAAGAAUUUAUUUAUGUUCGUAAGGCUGAUGUUGAACAGUAAUAAUAAUAAGAAGUGCAAUAAACAGGUCAAGUCAAUUAGUAGAAUGUAUAAACUACAUAAAAUAAUGGCAGUCAUACUCACGAUAAAACUAGUGUGAACAACAAUUCAAACAAAAAUCAUAAUCACGGCCACAAUCACAAUCAUAACCAUAACCAUAAUCAUAACCACUCUCACAAUCAUAAAAAUCAUACUCAUAGCCAUUAGGUUCAAGAAUCUUAAAAAACAGUAUAAAAUUCUAACUAAGAUCAUCAUGUAAAUGAAGAUAAAAAAGUAGAAUAGUAAAAGGCUCAUUCAAAUAAUACUGCAGUUAAUCAUACUGUAUAUGAAGUUAAAAAAGAAUAAAAAACUGUUGCUGCAUCUGCUCAUCAUGUCACUCAACCUUCUUAAGAAGCUACUAAUAAAGAUUUAGCUGUGUGCCCUCCUGCUAAAACAACCCCAGUUGUACAAUAAUCUUAACCUCCUACUUAACCUCAGCCCUAGCCUUAAUAAAAUACUUCUAAUGUCAGUGCUUAAAAUAAGGCAACUGUUGCUCCUGUUGUUAAUUAAAACACCACUUCUUAGAAAAACAAUACUUCUACCACUACCAUUACUGCAACAACAUCUAGUAGAACUACUACUUAAGCAUAAGAAGCAAGUAAAUAAGUAUAAUAGCCAAAAUAAGAAAACCAUAAGCAUACCAACAAUCAUCAUCACAACCAAAACCAAGAACAACACCAUUAAAAUGCAAAUAAAAAUUCAGCAGUUGAAAAAUAACAAGAAAAUUUGAAAUAAGCUCCUUUAAAUGAAAAAGCACUUACUCCUAGAUCAAGUUAAGUAUCAUAAAGAACAGAACCUACUACUUAGGCAUAAAAAUUACCAGCUGUUACUUAAAAAGUUGAAGAAAAGUAAGAACAAAAGUUUUAAUCUUAAGUGUAAUAAUAAAAUGGAGUGUAAUAAUAAGAAUAGUAAUAAUAAUAGUAGUAGUAGUAAUAAUAAUAGCAACCUUAACCUCAAUAAUAUUUCCCAAGCUUUUUCCCAUAGUCUGGUAUUCCUCCAAUGAUUCCACAACCUGCAUAAUUCCCAUAAUUACCUUAAAUGCCCCAAGGUGGUUACUAUAUUUGUUACAUUCCUGCCCCUUAACCUGUUUAAAAUGCAAGCACUGAUAGCUCAGUUCCUUAAUUACCUAGCACUCCUAUUCAAUAUCCUAUGAUGAUGCCAAUAACACCUUAAUAAUAAGGAGCUCCUCUUUAUUACCCUCCUUUCUUUUAUCCUCCAGUGAACGCUGAUAAACCUGCUGAAAAUGGUAAUACAUAAUAAGCACAAACUCCUUAAAUGGUUCCUAUGUAUGCUAUGCCUAUGUUCUAUCCUUAAACUCCUAUUUAAAAUAAUGCAGUAAAUACAAAUACCAAUGGAACUAACUGA